AUGAUUCAAAUAAAAUUGUAAAAUCAUUCCCUCUCUCAGUUUCAAUCAGCCCCUUAAUUUUUUUAUGAUCAUAAUCUCUUUUUCUUAAUUAAUCAAUUCUCAAACACAUUCUUUAAUCAUUCCCCAUUUCCCUUUCUCUGUUUGUGAAUUGAUUGGCGGAUCAAACAGAUUCUGUUUCUCUGUCUCUGUAACCUUCUUCUUCCUCAGACAGAGACAAAUCAACACGAUAUUCCUUUGCUUUUUUUCCAUUUGGGUUCCUUCAAUUCUUUCUACAAACCCAUUUCAGGCCCCAAAUCCUUCGAUGGUGAUGAUGAUGGUGAAGGAGAAGAAGGAGGUGAAGAUUUUCAGUUCCGCCAUAGCUUUUCUUCUCUGCAUUACCCUUUUGAUUUCACCUUCUCUCUGUUUAGAUGAUACUUCUGCUCUGAUUCGCUUCCGUCUUCAAGCUGAUUCCCAUGGCGGCCUCCUCGGAAACUGGACUGGUUCUGAUGCUUGUGGUUCUUCAUGGCGGGGAGUUCAGUGCUCUGUUAAUGGCCGCGUUAUCGCUCUUUCUCUUCCUUCUAUGAACUUGCGUGGCCCCAUUGAGUCUUUAGCGCCGCUCGAUCAGCUCCGCGUACUCGAUCUCCAUGACAACCGUUUGAACGGAACCAUUUCGCCGAUUGUGAACUGUACGAAUCUCAAGCUGUUGUAUCUCUCUGGCAAUGACUUCUCCGGCGAGAUUCCGCCGGGAUUCUCGUCUCUCAGACGACUUCUCCGACUGGAUUUGUCUGAUAACAACAUUCGCGGCGGAAUUCCUGAGGAUCUCUCGAAAUUGUCUCGACUUCUUACUCUCCGUUUGCAGAAUAAUGUCCUCUCCGGCACGGUUCCCGAUCUCUCUGUUUCGCUUGUGAAUCUUACUGAAGUUAAUUUAACCAACAAUGAACUGUACGGACGGUUACCUGACGGGAUGGUGAAGAAAUUUGGCGAGAAGAGUUUCACCGGUAACGAAGGGGUCUGUGGGUCGAGUCCUUUACCGAUCUGUUCGGUUACUAGUUCACCGCCGGCGUCGGAUUCCGGCCGAACGGUACCAUCAAAUCCAAUCUCAAUACCGAAAAACCCUAAUAUCAGUCCGAACAUUAAGGAAUCGCGAAAAGGGCUCAGCCCUGGCGCGAUUGUUGCGAUUGUGAUCGCAAACUGCGUUGCAUUGCUCGUGAUUAUCUCCUUCGUCGUCGCGUAUUACUGCGCUCGUGACCGGAGCUCGAGUUCCAUGGCGGGAAGCGACAGUGGGAAGAGAAGAAAGAGCGGAAGUAGCUACGGAAGCGAGAAAAGAGUCUACGCCAAUGGCGGUGGCGACAGUGACAGUACUAACGCCACAGAUAGAAGCAAACUGGUGUUCUUCGAUUGGAAGAAGCAAUUCGAGCUUGAAGAUUUGCUGAGAGCCUCGGCGGAGAUGCUCGGAAAAGGAAGCUUGGGGACUGUGUACAGGGCGGUACUCGACGACGGUUGUACAGUGGCGGUGAAGAGAUUGAAGGAUGCAAAUCCAUGUCCGAGGAAGGAUUUUGAACAGUACAUGGAUGUGAUUGGGAAGCUGAAACAUCGAAAUAUUGUUAGAUUGAGAGCUUUUUACUAUGCUAAAGAAGAAAAGCUUCUUGUUUAUGAUUAUCUUCCUAAUGGAAGCUUGCAUUCUCUUCUCCAUGGUAAUCGAGGUCCAGGAAGGAUUCCAUUGGAUUGGACGACGAGAAUCAGUUUGCUUUUGGGUGCUGCUCGUGGUCUAGCAAGAAUCCAUGGAGAAUACAAUGCUUCAAAGAUCCCCCAUGGAAAUGUCAAGUCUUCUAACGUUCUUCUUGACAAAAAUGGAGUUGCUUGCAUUUCUGAUUUUGGGUUGUCUCUCCUUCUCAAUCCUGUCCACGCCAUUGCUAGGUUGGGAGGGUACAAGGCUCCGGAACAGGACGAGACAAAACGACUCUCUCAAAAGGCAGAUGUCUAUAGCUUUGGAGUUUUGAUGCUAGAAGUCUUGACCGGGCGUGCACCAUCGCUUUACCCAUCGCCUUUGCACUCACGAAACGACGAGCAAGAGCAGGCAGUAGAUCUCCCCAAUUGGGUUCGAUCCAUAGUGAAAGAAGAGUGGACGGCUGAGGUGUUUGAUCCCGAGCUAUUACGGUACAAGAACAUUGAGGAGGAGCUUGUGUCGAUGCUUCAUGUUGGGUUGGUUUGCAUUCUUCCUCAGCCUGAGAAGAGACCGACGAUGGUGGAAGUGGCAAAGAUGAUCGAAGAUAUCAGGGUCGAGCAAUCCCCGCUCGGAGAAGAUUACGACGAAUCACGUAAUUCGCUUUCGCCUUCCCUUGCAACCACAGAAGAUGGCAUGGUGUAGCUAGAAUUUUCAGGUGGAUUGUUGAUCAAGAUGAUAUGCUUAGUUUAAAUUAAUGUUGUGUCUGCAUUUUCUCAUGCAAAUUUAUGGUAUUUAUUAGAAUGUAUCCUUUUGUGUUUAUUGUAAAACUUUGAUUAACGUAUGUUUGCU